AUGUUGACGCCCAACACUCCUCUAUCACCGCUGCCCUCGCUCAAAAUACCCAAGCUGGAUCUGCCCCGACCACCGGAUCCAGCGCUGGACCCGGCCGGCUACCUGCGAAGCUUGGGCGCAAUCCGCGACAGGGCCAAGGUCCUUUUGGAGAAGGCCGAGGACAACGAGCUGGUCCACUUCGAUGUUGAUAUGAACAAGUUUCCCAACGUUGUGACAUUUGUUUCAGGGCUUAUCAAGAGGGACCACGAGGCUCCUUUCCAGGACAUUCCCAGCCAUGGCCGCUAUCAACAUUUCUGCAUAGGGGGACGAGACCGGAUAGCUGAGCUUCUGGGGAGCUGGCCUGAGAGCGUCGACAACACAGAGCGCUGCCGCCGACUUGUCGAUCUCUUCUUCGUCAGUGUGCUGCUGGAUGCCGGUGCCGGGACUACGUGGACCUAUAAAAGCGUUGAAAAUGGCAAAAAGUAUAGGCGCUCAGAGGGCAUUGCAGUCGCCAGCCUGGAAAUGUUCAAAUCAGGAAUAUUCUCGGCAAGCCCAACCAACAAGCACCAAGUUGAUAAGACGGCAUUGGGAGCCCUCUCGGUAGCUAAGAUUGCCUCGGGCAUGCAGUCUGAUCCCGACAACGAAAUUGUUGGCUUGGAGGGCCGAACGGAGGUUUUGGUCAAGCUAUCAGAGGCUCUUGCAGAGCACCCAGAGUACUUUGGCGCUGAUGGCCGCCCUGGUAACUUGGUUGAUCACUUGCUAUCACAUCCCGCAACACAAGCAUCAUCGAUUCUCAUCGUCCCCCUACCAGUGCUGUGGACUAUUUUAAUGGAAAGCCUCGAGUCCAUCUGGCCUUACCGGACAGCAAUCAACGGCGUCCAACUUGGAGAUGCCUGGACCUGCGAAGCCUUACCCACCUCGGGCCCAAAUUCGUGGGAAUCCAUUCUGCCGUUUCACAAGCUGACACAGUGGCUUGCGUAUUCCGUCAUGCAGCCUAUGCAAUCCCUGCUAAAUAUGUACUUUUCCGGAACUGAGCUGUUGACUGGCCUAGCCGAGUACCGCAACGGCGGCCUCUUUGUCGACCUCGGCGUUUUGACUCUCAAGGAGGUUGACAUGGCCCGCGGGCUGGCCAACUACAGCGAAUACUGCAAAACUUCCGGCCUCAAGGUUAUCGAAGUUGCCCCCAUGUUCCCGACUUCGGAUGAUGUUAUUGUAGAGUGGCGCGGCUUGACAAUCGCUCUGCUUGACAAGCUCUGCGAGGAGGUCAACUUGGCGCUGGAGUCGGAGUUGGAUGGCAAUGAGAUGACCAUGGCGCAGCUAAUGGAAGCAGGCAGUUGGAAGGGUGGCCGUGAGAUUGCCGAGAUUAAUCGGCCUAAUACGAAAGAGCCACCGAUCUUAAUCGAGAGCGACGGAACAGUAUUCUAA